AACAAUUACGCUGUUACGCCAACAACAAAACCCGGAACUUGAUUUGUUUUUCUGUCAAAAUGAGUGAAAGUACAAGCGAUCCACCGCCUAAAUUAUUUGUCUGUGACUUGUGUGGUUUAAACAGCCCGUUCACGUACUACGGCCAGAAACCACCUAACACCAGAGCUAUUGUGCUACUUGAGGAAUGUUUCGUGACUAAAGAUCCCUUCAGGCCGGAGAAGGAGAGGUUUCUAAUUUUGGGCUCAACCUGCAGCGUGUGCAACAAGUGUGUGUGCGUUGGAGCGGACUGCAGUCUAUUCUACACCAAGAGGUUCUGCAUGCAGUGUGUGAACAAGCACUUGGACCAGUUCCCCCAUCAGAUCCGCGCUGAGUUGGCCAAGAAGAGGCAGAGCUCCAGUGCUGCAGUGUCAUGACGCCGGGCAAAACCGAGUUCAAAUCCAGGACACCAUUCAGAAACUAGGACUGAAUAGCCUUUGUCAUCAAAAAGAGGAAAAGGAGUGUGCAAAACCCAUGCCAGUACACUUUAAUUUAAACCAACAAGGAAGCUGUUGUUAAUGAUGCAGCUAAUUGUUUUUAUGCUUAAAUCUGUGCAAAAGCUAUCAGUUUUAUUGGUAGAAUUUUGUGAUUUUGGUGUGUGAAGAACAUUAACAUCAAGUUACACUCAAGUUCACUGUUUAUGUCUCUGCAUCAUGUGUCUUCCACUGACAUAUUUUUAGUGACCUUUGAACUAUUAGAUGCAAAAUAUUAAUCUGUAGCGAAGACCAAAAGGAUAUUUCUAACUUGUGUUUACAACCAGCAAAAUUUAAACUUCUCCACAACCAUUGCUUAGCUUCAGAUCUUUAUUUUUAAUGAUACUUCACACCAUUUAACAUGUCUUAAGUUGUUUUGACCAUAUUUCCAGCUACUUGGCUUCUAUGAAGUCAUUAACACCAAUACUAGUGUUACUGAGAAACAAUAGAUGUGUGACUCUCUGUGUUUGUUUUAUCUAAAGAUAAAUAGUUUCACUUGAACUUUAA